UGGUCAAGUGACAAAGCUCUCCCAUAACAGUUGCGGCACUUCUGCUACUCGGCUGGAGCUUCGAUCAUCCCACAACCAUGGCGAUGAAAACCCCAGAAGAGUCCGACGUCGGCAUCGUCUGCUACAUCUCCAACCUCCCUGGCUUUCGCGGCAUCCUCAAGCAAAGGUAUUCGGAUUUCAUUGUCAAUGAAGUGGAUUUGGAGGGAAAUGUUGUUCGUCUGACCACAUUGGAUGCCCCUCCCGAGCCCGUUCACAUCGCGGAGGGGAACGAGACGAAUGCUUCCGAUCAUCUGAACAAAAGUUACGAUGCGGAGAUCGAAUCUUUUAGGACUCUUGCCGGUGAACCUGAUGCCGACCUGCUCCAAGGUUUUAUAGCGCGAAUUACAUCUGGUGCUGAAGAGAGCCUCUCGCCUACAGUUCUUUCUCCAAAUAGUGACAAAAUUCAUCGCACGGCAAUUCAUAAUUAUUUCAAAGAGAAAUUCAAAUUUCUUGUUACCGACACGAUUGAUGGGCCAGAUGCCUCGACAAAGUGCAUUCGGGUGAGAGUAAGUUCUGGAGGUCAGUCCAAGGGUAAAAUGUCAAAGAAGCGGAAGGAAAGAGGUGAUAAGCCUUUUGAUAGCAGAGGUUCAAGUAGCUGGCCUGAACAUGUUGGGAAGUUCCUUAGGUUUCAUCUUUUCAAGGAAAAUAAGGAUACACAGGAGGCCUUGGGUCUUAUAGGAAAGAUGCUGGGCACCCAGUCGAGAUCAUUUGGGUUUGCGGGCACCAAGGACAAGCGAGCUGUUUCAACUCAGAGGGUUACUGUAUUCAAGCAAUCCGCAAGUAAAUUAGCAUCUCUGAAUGAAAAGCUUAUCGGUAUUAAAGUGGGUGACUUCUGCUAUGUGAAGGAUGGACUUGUUUUAGGGAAGCUCUUGGGAAAUAGAUUUACAGUCACACUACGCGGCGUUAUUGCAGAUUCAGAGGAUACCAUCAAAGCAGCUGCAGAUGCUUUAGGAAAGCAGGGGUUCAUUAACUACUUUGGCUUGCAGCGCUUUGGAAGUGGUUCUGUGCCAACUCAUAAUAUUGGCGCAGCAUUACUUCGAGGAGAGUGGAAAACGGCUGUGAGCAUGAUUCUUGAUCCGAGGGAGGGGGAAAAAGAUGUGGUAGCAAUUGCAAGGGAGUAUUAUAAGGAGAGUGGUGACAUUGACGGAACUUUGAGGCGAAUGCCCCGUCAUCUGGUUGCUGAAAGGGCUGUACUCCAGUCCUUGAAAAAGUUUCCUGGGAACUACUUGCAGGCAUUAAAAGCUAUACCUAGGACUUUGAGAAUGAUGUAUGUACAUAGUUAUCAGAGUUAUCUGUGGAACCAUGCAGCAAGUGCAAGGGCCCAGAAGUGUGGAUCAGACCAAGUUGUGGUUGGGGACAUUGUACAUCAUGAAGGACAUGAUGAUGAGAAUGUGGCAGAAGUUGUUUCAGAAUGUGGAAAUGAUGACUCCUCCGAUGCCUUUGAUCAUGUUCAUUUGGAUGAGACAUCUGAAAUGGAUCUUCGAGCGGAAGGUCAUCCUCUUGUUAAGGCUUUGACUUCAGAGGAUAUUGCUUCGGGGAGAUAUUCACUAGAUGAUAUUGUCCUGCCUUUGCCUGGUUCAAGAGUAAUAUACCCUAAUAAUGAUGUUGCAGACAUUUAUCAUGAUUUGGCGAAGAAGGACUCCAUUAGCUUGACAGAGAGCGUGCACAAUGUCAAGGAAUUCUCUAUAACCAGUAUGACAGGAGGUUACAGGCGGGUUUUUCAGAAACCAAUGGACUAUGAAUGGGAGAUGCUAAGAUACAGAGACUUUAGUGUACCACUGGCUGAGACUGAUUUAGACAAAAUUACCAAAUCUAAGCAUCUCAGGUUUGUUGAAGGGAAGGACUUUGUCAAUGGAAACGAUAAUCCAUUAGAUUCUGUGAUCUCGUCGACGUGUGAGAACGGUGCAAAUGCUUCAGUGAACAUUGGUGAAGCUAGCAUCUCUGACAGAGAUGAAAUUCAUAUGGCUUUAAAGCUGGCUUUCUCGCUUCCAUCAUCGUCCUACGCAACAAUGGCCAUAAGAGAGCUGCUGAAGACAUCAACAUCUGUUGCCUUUCACAAAACAUUAAACCAUGAAACAUGCUCAUCGUCGCAAACUUGACACCUCAAACUGCUCCAUGAUUCUUCAUGAUGUCUAGCCGAUCAUGAAUGAAGAAACUGGCAGAAACGGUUGCAGGACUUCUCUUUGAUGUGGGUAUCCUCAAGCAGCAGUUUGUAUGUCCCCAGUGGGCUAAUAGCAUAAAUUUAGCGUGGAUGUGGUUGCAGAACUGUGAUGGGAGAUUGAAGAUGGCAAAUGCCACUUGAUUAAGCGGAAUUAUAUAAGCGUACAAUGCAUGGCAUGCUUGUGGAGUAAUGAAGUCCGAGGUAUGUGAAUGGGAUUCUUAACAUCCCAGCGAGUUGGAACUUGCAGCUUUCUCAGCAAAAGCUGGAGCUGGGGGCCGCAGGUGCAGUGUGGUGAGCAGCAAGCAGACUGUAUUAGUAAAAUUUGUUCAAAAUGCUGCUUUAGAAUGCCGUGGUUUUUCAUAAAGAUUGAAAUUAAACAUGAGUAGAACAACAGUUCUUUGCCUUUCUUGGAAUAGUAGGCUGACAGAAGCCAUUCUUAUUGAGCACGAAUCAUAACUUA